UGAUGAACACUGAUGCGUAAUAUCGUGCAAUUCGUGAAUUUAAAAAAGAUUUAAAACAGAAAGUUAAACAGUAUACUUUUUCGAUUAUUAAAAAUGUUUCUUACCUCCCCGGAAGCUCCCAGCUGUCGUCCUUGACCGGCACCUUGCCAAAAUGCGGUUAAUUUUUAAUGAUUGUUAUUACCUUAUAAUCAACGCCAUUUAUUUAUUUAUUUAUUUAUUUAUUUAUUUAUACUUUGGAUUAGAUUAGAUUAGAUUUUAUGGAGCCAUAGUAAGCAACACCGUUGGGACGUGACCGAAUCGGGACGCCCACGUGCCAACUCCAGCGCUCGAACCCGGACCUUUCGCGUCCGGUUCGGACCCCAACCGAACCCCCCAACGGCCAGAUACUUCCAAAGGACACACUUUGACUUCGCCCCUUCUUCUCCUGAGGGACGGUACUACUACUAAUUAACUUGUCACCCACGCUAACAAAGGGCGCCCCUCCUCUCCUUAUAAUCUCCCCACCCCCACAAAUUUGUUCCCUCCUUCGUCUUCGAAGUGAACCAUAAUAAACCACCCCCACUCCUCCCAUGGCGAUGGCGCCGAGCGCUCGACACACUCCCCCCCUUCUGCUCCUGCUCUUGCUCCUGGUUCUGGUCACCGCCCGGGGAGCGGAGGCGCAGUCGUCGUCGAAUGGGACCAACGCGAGCGGGUACUUGGGGCAAACCAACUUCAACCCGUCCAUGUCCAUCGUCAUCGUCGUCCUCAUCAGCGCCUUCUUCUUCCUCGGCUUCUUCUCCAUCUACGUGCGCCAGUGCGCCGGCGACCGCCUCGGCGCCGGCGGAGCGAACUCCGUGCGCGGCGGCGGCGGCGGGGGGCCGAGGCAGAGGGGGCUCGACCCGGCGGUGCUGGGGACGUUCCCGACGCUGGUGUACGCGGAGGUGAAGGAGCACAAGAUCGGGAAGGGCGCGCUCGAGUGCGCGGUGUGCCUGAGCGAGUUCGAGGACGACGAGACCCUCCGCCUCCUCCCCAAGUGCAGCCACGUGUUCCACCCGGACUGCAUCGACGCGUGGCUCGCCUCCCACGUCACCUGCCCCGUGUGCCGCUGCAACCUCGUCCCCGACCCCAAGUCCCCCUCCGAUCCCGCCUAUACCCUCCCCGCCACCUCGGCCCCCGCGGAGAGCCCCAUCCGGGCCCAAUCGGACCCCGCCCCGGCGCCGGCGCCGGAGCACGCGGUGGCGAUCGACGUGGACAAGCUGGAGAGCGAGGAGGUGAGGAGGCGGAGGGACGAGCUGGAGGAUCUGGAGCGGAUCGGGAGCGUGCGGCGGGCGGCGCGGUCGCGGUCGAGCCGGCGCCCGGCGCGGCUGCCGCGGUCGCACUCGACGGGGCACUCGCUCGCGGCGGUCCGGACCGGGGACGACCUGGACCGGUUCACGCUCCGGCUCCCGGAGCGCGUGCGGCGCGAGAUAAUCGCCGCGGGGAAGCUGAAGCGGUCGACGAGCCUCGUCGCGUUCCCCACCGCCGGGGAGGGGAGCUCGCGUCCCGGCUACGGCUACGGCUACGUCUACCGCGGCGGCGCCGCCGGCGAGGGGAGCAGCCGCGGCGGGCGGAGCGUGCGGCUGGGGCGCUCGGAUCGGUGGCCCUCGUUCCUGGCCCGCACGCUCUCGGCCAAGUUGCCGGCGUGGGCGCGGAGAGGGGACGGCGGCGAGGGCUCGCUCAAGAGGGGGGACGCCGAUGCCUCCGGCUCCACGAACAGGGGGAAGCUCGCCGCGGUCAAAGCCCCCUUCGAUUGCCUCGGCGCCGCCGCCGCCCCGGACACCGCCGAGUCGACCGCGCCCCUGCGAGUUUGACCCGGCGCCAACGGUCUCGAUUGGGUUAGAGGUCGAUCCAACGGUCAUCCGCAUGCCCCCGCCACUCCUGCGGAAGUGUACAUAGCUGCUGUAGCGACGACGAUGAAGGGUUGGUAUUUAUUUAUUAUUAUAUUGGUUCGAUCGAAGCGAAGUUUGACGGUGGAUUUUUUUUUGUAUUUUUUUUUUUAAAAUAAUACCUAAUUGCUUAUUAAAAAAGUUUUAAUUGAGAGGAUAAGAUCAGCUUCUCUCUACGUAGUUCCUGUUUUGUAUUUAUUACUUUCUUUUUUGUGGGGGCAAUUUGGAUCUUGGAGACGAACGAUGAUGUGACAUAAACGAGGUGGAUUAAGAUAAUAAUGUUUUGUAAA